AUGACUGAAUCGGUGGUUCAAUUGCGAUGCUCGAUUAAGCAUGAUUCCUGGGGGAAGGUCGGAAGCCACUCCCGGGCUGCUCAAUACUGGUCCAAGACACCGGGGACGGGGGCCAUCGAUGAAUCACAGCAUUAUUCAGAGAUGUGGUUCGGCACAUACCCAUCCGUACCCACGUAUGUUAUGUCGACGGGCGAGGUGCUGCAGGACUUUGUGAAGAAGAAUCCCCAACUGGUUGGGAAAUCGGUGCUGGAUCGAUUCGGGGCCGAGAUCCCUUUUCUUCCCAAGAUCCUAUCCUUUUCUAAAGCGCUUCCUCUGCAAAUCCAUCCGCACAAGAAACUGGCCGAGAAGUUACACCAGGUCGACCCCAAGAAAUUCGGAGACGCCAACCAUAAGCCUGAAAUCGCUAUCGCCUUGUCGAAAUUCGAACUUUUCGCGGGCUGGAAGCCCCUCAAGGAUAUCGAGGCAUUGAUGAAACUCAAGCCACUGGAGCGUUUCCCUCCCGAACACGAGAAGUUCGACGACGAGACGUUGAUGUUGACAUGCAAGUCCAUGUUGAGCGCGCCUCCCUCGGAAAUCUCAGAGACAGUCCGAGCACUACAGAGUCUUCCGGAAUCCAAUUUUGGGGCCUACUCAUAUAUCCCCGGUAUGCUGGGCCGGCUCAGCAAGCAAUACACCGAGUGCGAUAGUGGAAAUCUCGUCGCGACGUUGCUUAUGAACUAUCUCACUCUGGGACCGGGAGAUGCCGUCUUUGUUCCGGCAGAUAGUAUCCACGCGUAUCUCGAGGGGGAUAUAGUGGAAUGCAUGGCCCGAUCAGACAAUGUGCUGAAUACGGGGUUCUGUCCGCGCGCAGAGCGCGACAGCUAUGCGCUCUUCACGCGGGCUCUGACCUUCCAGCCCCAUAGUCCACAGGAUUGUCUGCUACCCAGAAAGAAGAGCGACAAAGGCCUGAACGGCAAGACGGACGUAUAUGCUCCUCCCAUCGAGGAGUUUAAUGUUCUCAGCACUUGUCUUGGCGGCGGGGAGACGGAAACCCACAAGGCCAUCCUGGGUCCCAGUUUGAUGAUUAUCGGCAAGGGAGAGGGGAAGAUGAAUAUUCCCGGGAAGACGAUAGACCUCCACGAGGGCCAUGUGUAUUUCAUCGGCCAGGGUGUAGCCCUGGACUUCUCUACGGAGAAAGGGAUGCAGCUGUUCAGGCCAUAUGUAGAGUGA